UCCUGUGGUUAAGUAUGGGUGACGCGACACAACACAAAUGUAUAACACUGUGGCUUUAAGAGUGGGAUGUUCGUCGAAGCAAGAAGAAUGAGGAAAUCUUAACGCGUCAGUGGCGCCCGAACGAAAUCGGUUCGGUUUUGAUCCCAUUGGCUGCCGGAUCCGGACUGGAAAAGAACGGUCAUCAACACAAGACGUCCUGACAAGCAGAUGUAAAGACGACCCAGUCAUGUCAACUGUAAACCAUGGAAACACUCCAAUCAACGGCACAUCAGACAUGUCUCCAAAGACCCCGACGUACCUGGCCUUCGUGCUGCUGCCCAUCUUCUUCCUGCUCGGCCUUCUGGGAGUCCUCAUCUGCCACAUUCUGAAGAGGAAGGGCUACAACUGCACCACGGAGUCUGAGGAAGAGGAGGACCUGAAGGAUGAGUUGGAUCCGGAGGCAGCAGAUGUGGACUCUGAAAGCAACAAUGACACCGUCAACCAGAUCGUUCAUUACAUCAUGAGGAAUGAAGCCAACUCCGAUGCAUUGAGAGCCAUGGUGCAUGAGAACAGCGUGGAUUCUGACGGGACCAGCGCCCCGGGCUCUCCCACCUCGCCCACCUCUCCCAACGGCCCGUCGCCCCCCUUGACCCCCGUGUCCCCGGGGGCCCCCGCGGGCGCUGCCCGGCACACCUGCAGUCACCUCCACACCAUCGGGGGCGCCGGCGGGCACAGGAACAUCUGCGGCCGCUGCAACCAGAAGAAGUGGCCCGUGAUGCGGAGGUCCAGCAGGCGCAGGUCACACAGAGCGAGCCAGCUCGGGGAGGUCACCGUGCUCUCCGUGGGCAGAUUUCGAGUGACCAAAUGCGACCCCAAAACGGCGAAGGAGAGGAGGUCUCUUAUCAUAACCGAGGGGAACGGGGAGGCGGGGAACGGGGAGGUGCCCCCGUCUCCCACAGCGGUGGAACCAAAGAGCAGAACGGCCUCCUUGCGGCAGGAUGAAAAUGACAAUGCAAAGUGAUUUACCCACAGUGCUCAGCCUUAUCCCAUGGUGGGAAAGCUGGAGAGCGUCUGGCUGUGGGUCCAGAGGAAAGCGGAUGGGAUGAUUUCACUUUUUUAAACCAUAAAUUUAGUAAAGACCACGCCGGCUAGCGGAGGACUGUGAUCGGAUGAACACAGAGGCCCUGCUAACCCCCCCCUCACCUCCGCUCACUCGCAGGUCAGUGGAUGAAGAUGAGGAAGAUCAGAGCUUUGGUCAAACGGAUGCUCCUCCUCCAAAGACUUCACGUCACGCGGGAGAAAUGCGAUAUGGCUAAUUUCACCUCGGCCAAGCAGCUGAAACACACACACACACACACACUCACACACACUCACCGAACACAUAACUGGCGCAUAACGCCUGUGUGAGGGACUGUUUUGAACACACUGACAAGUGCACUUAUGCAGAAACCGAACAAUGUGCCUCCUGGUUCAAAUCUUCUGAGGAGUACAAUCCCUAAAGCAUCACAAUGUCUUAAUUUGCCAAAGAAGCAUGUGGCUUUUACACUGUGUUGUCUCCACCAAAUAACUGAUGUAUUUUUCACGUAGUCAUCAGUUCCUCAGAAUGAAUUCCAAUGGACAGUUUGAAGAAAGAAUUUCAUAUUUUUACAUUUUUGGUAACUAUGAUAAAAGGUUUCAUUUUCUUUCAGUUGAAGUCCUCAGAAGUCCCUUAAAUGUAAAUGUGUGUGUGAGACACCUUGUAUACCUCAUGCAACAUUCCCAUGCAGGGCCUAGGUAGCUUACAGUAUAUUUAGCUUUGUACAUGAUGUAAUGGAAUGUGACAGGCCUUGGUGAGGGAACCAAAGAACUUAAUGCGAGUGUUGUAUGUGGGUGCAUUUCUAUGCACGCACACGCAUCUGACUAUUCAGUGUUGGUAGGUGUCUUUUGUAGUUUUCUUGCCGUUUUUCAAGUUCUUUUGAACUUUUUCUGUUCCAUUUUAUAUUAGUUUCACUGUAAGGUGUGCAAGAUUUUGUGGAGUGUGUGAUUAUUUCCUUUGUGCAUUUGUGUAUACGCGAGAACAACCGUCCACCUAAUUCACAAAGGUACAGCAACUAACCAAAGGGUCCAUAGAUAUGUGCUAUGCAUGAAACCCACACCUUCGGCUCCUGUCUUACAUCUCGACUUUUAUUUCUAUGUGACUUCCACUUUACUGCCUUCACUUCUGGAAAAAAAUGAAGGCCUAUUGGUCUUGCCUUAAAACAGAAUGCAAACUUAAUGUAUUAUUAAUAAUUCAUAUAUAAUAUGAGAUAUAUAUAUAUAUAUAUAAUGACCAAAUACGUGUGAAUGUAAUUUAUAUCGUAUUUUAAACUGCAAAGUAAACCAAUGAGGUUAGAUGCAGGGUUGCACACCCAGUGUGCCGUGUCCCUGUGACCAUCCUAAAUCCAUCUGUACUUUCCUUAUUUUCUUGAAUUUUAUUAGCUUCUUACUAAUGGCAAGAUGUACAGUGAUCCAGAGCUAAAAUGGAUGAUCUUCAGUCCUGGUUCCUGUCAACAUGAACAGUCAAUUUCCAAAGUGUAUGCUGCUGAACCCUCUGGGAUGGAGAUAAUGGAAAUGGAGCGGUCUUUGUGUAGAAACAUACGGUGAAAUACGAGCGAAUUACCAGCAGCUGUAGUCUACUGUAGGCGACUGAAUGUGAACUUUGUCAACUGGACGUCAUUCUUCAACUCUCAGACUGGUACAGCUUGUUCUUGCAGGGAUAAGCAUUACACACCAACCAGCACGGUUUUAACAAAAUAUGCUUUCGUCAAAUGAGACCAAGAUAGUAUAUUUUUUUUAGUAUUGUCUUCACAUUUUUGUCAGGGGUAAAUUAAUCUGUUAUGCCCCGUGUUUUUCUGCAGUCUACAGGCAGGGAUUCCGGAUCAAGUUUUCUGUAUAGUCUGAGAACUUGUGUUUCGUCGGUUUAAUAAAUGCAAUCUCGCCAUGACUUCUGGUUUUACUGGAAAUAACAAUUGGAGUCAAGUGAGUGUACUGAUUGCAGAUUUAUACAAAGAACCAUGCUCUGUUUUAUUCAAUACUCUGUGUAAAUGUAACAAAUAAAGCUAACUUAAAAUUUCACAUUUAUAACA